AUGCAGACCCUCACAGACCCUCGAGCUCUCCUCGAUCCAAACCUCCCCUUCAAUGAAGCAGCAGUUAAUCUGCUAGACAGAGUGGUGGCAGCAAUGUUCCUCUCUAAUGACAGUGUAGAGAGGGACGUGGCGCACCGUGUAUUAGGAGAGUUUAAAAAUAUGCCGAAUGCAUGGACACACGUCGCCUUUAUCUUAAAUGUCUCCAAAGACCCAAACACUAAAUUCUUUGCUCUUCAGAUCCUUGAGGCAACCAUUACGACCCGAUGGAAUGUACUGCCGGAGACGGAGAGAAAUGGUAUAAAGGCAUUUGUUACUUCUCUUGUUAUUCAAUUGGCUGGUGAUGAGGAGAAACAAAACACUGAAAAACAUUUUAUUAAUAAAGUCAAUGAAAACCUCAUCGAGAUAGUGAAGAGAGAAUGGCCAGAAAGAUGGCCAUCAUUUAUACCGGAAAUAUGUCGCUCAUGCCGAUCUAGUCAGAAUUUAUGCGAAAAUAAUUUACGAAUAUUGAAUAUGUUAUCUGAGGAAGUAUUUGAUUAUGCUUUCUUACGAAACCAUAGGGAAACAAUAGUAGAGCCUUAUGACCGCAACACGAACAAGACGACCUGUAUAGACACCCUAAAGUUACUUGUUGCUAUUAGUGGUGCUGGUCAUGAUGAGACAUUUCAGAUCUGUCUUGAUUUCUGGUUCUCUUUUGCUGAAACUCUUCUUCAUGAAGUACAUCAAGAGGCUAAAGUUUUGAGGUUAUCUUGUUUGUUAAUGCAGAAAAGACAGGAACAGAGAAAUGCAGAGGGUCCUCUGCUGCUGUCAGUUGAGCCAGAAGGUUCUUUAUCUCCUGCUGAGUUAUCCUGGCGAGUUAAGGCAUACGGAGAAGUAUUGAAUGAAGUAAGAGGGGUUCUUAUUAAUAGGAUGGCUAAACCCCAGGAGGUGUAUAUACAGUUUGACCAAGAAACAGGAGAGGUUACUCGUGAUUAUGAGGUAGAUACAGCGGAGGUUUCUCUAUACAACACCAUGAGGUGUACGCAAGUGCUGUUAACCAACUUAGGGCAAAUGGAGACACAAAGACUUAUGCUCUCUGUAUUACAUAUGGAGGUGCGUGGGGCUGCAUGCAGCAGCAGCACACAUACAGGUGCAUGCAGCAGCACAUGGAGCUAA